AUGAAUGAUCCCCUCCCCAACCUCGCUCUCCCAUCUCCUCUGUCUGUGCACUCACUGUACCCUAUACUGUCUACUUCUGUUCCUUUCCAGGUGACCAAUUUCAAGGGCAAUCAGCACAAGAGCUUCACCAACUUGGAUGAAGCUCUAUCCUACCUCGCCCUGGCUAACGUCUUCGUCUCUUCUCCCCCCAAGCACGCUGCUGCUUCUGCUCUGAAAAGAACCGCUAUUCCUUUUGCUGCUGUUCGUGUCACCACCCCUGCUGCUGUUUCUGCCGCUGCUGCUGUUGCUGCUGCUGCCGAUGCUGCUGCAAAUGCAGAUCGUACUGCUGCUGGUGAAAGCACAGAGAGCGAGGGCGAGAGGGGGGGGUCGGGUGCAGGAAGGGGGGAUGAGGAGGAGGGGGGUGGGGGAAGUGUGGGGGGCGAGGGGGGAGUGGGAGCAGUGGUAGAGGAAGGGGCGGUGAGGAUGAGUAGAGGGGAGGACAUGCGGCAACGGGCGCUCUACCGCAUGGAGUUUGACGGGGCAUCCAAGGGCAACCCGGGGCGGGCAGGCGCAGGGUCGGUGCUGUGGGAUGAAGGGGGCAACGAGGUGAGUGAUGAUGGGCUGGGGCAACGAGGUGAGGUGAUGGAGGGUGAGGUGGUGGAGGGUGAGGUGGUGGAGGGUGAGGUGGUGGGGGGUGAGGUGAUGGAGGGUGAGGUGAUGGAGGGUGAGGUGAUGGAGGGUGAGGUGGUGGGGGGUGAGGUGAUGGAGGGUGAGGUGGGCUUCGGGGUGGGAGUAUCGGGCGUUCAUACGAGGAAUGGAGCUGGCGUGAACUCCACUGAGGGAGGGCGGAGGCGUGGGGCUUCAACUGAGGGAGCUGGCUUCAACUCAACACCAUCCCACCGGUCCUCUUCUCUUCUUCCUUUUGUCUUUCCCUUACAUCUCUCACAUCCCUCCACACCACUGUUCCUCCAUCCCACCACUAUUCAAAUCCAUCCCACCCCUCCUCCUCUCCCUCCCGCCUAUCAUCUCCCCCUUAUUCUCGUAUUUCUAUGCUCACCCCACCCCACUCCCCACCAGCUGGUGUGUAUGAGGGAGGGAGUGGGGCACGGCACGUGCAACAUGGCAGAGUACCGCGCGUUCAUAGGGGGGGUGGAGCUGGCUCUGGCUCUCGGCAUCACACGGCUGCAUGUGCAAGGAGACUCCAUGCUCGUGGUCAUGCAGGUGCAGAAGAAGUGGAAGGUGAAUGCGGAGAUGCUGAGGGGGGAGUGCAAGCAAGCACAGGAACUGGUGACUCGGUUCAAAGAAAUCUCCAUCCGCCACGUGCCCAGGGAGUGCAACCAGCUGGCGGAUCUCCUCUCCAACGAAGCAGUGCCUUUGAAAGAGAACCAACGGGUGAUCAUCCCAUCUACCUGCACAACCCGCUUCCUCCACGGCAUCGCCAACAACACCAACCCCUCCCUCUCGUUACCCUUCCCCAAGCCCACCCCUCAAAUCACCCAAACCUCCCUCCUCUUUCCCCCCCCCCACCUCUCCCCCCCUUUAUUUCCCAACCAGAGAACCAACGGGCGCUCUACCGCAUGGGGUUUGACGGAGCCGCCAAGGGCAACCGACCCAUUGCCAUCCAUCCCAUGUGCUGCCUGCUUAAUGUCCUGCUCCCCUCAACGCACACCUCACCCCCUCCUCCAACUCACAUCCCCCCAGGCGCUCUACCGCAUGGGGUUUGACGGAGCCGCCAAGGGCAACCGACCCAUUGCCAUCCAUCCCAUGUGCUGCCUGCUUAAUGUCCUGCUCCCCUCAACGCACACCUCACCCCCUCCUCCAACUCACAUCCCCCCAGGCGCUCUACCGCAUGGGGCACUCUACCGCAUGGGGUUUGACGGAGCCGCCAAGGGCAACCGACCCAUCGCCAUCCAUCCCAUGUGCUGCUUGCUUAAUGUCCUGCUCCCCUCAACGCACACCUCACCCCCUCCUCCAACUCACAUCCCCCCAGGCGCUCUAUCGCAUGGGGCACUCUACCGCAUGGGGUUUGACGGAGCCGCCAAGGGCAACCGACCCAUCGCCAUCCAUCCCAUGUGCUGCUUGCUUAAUGUCCUGCUCCCCUCAACGCACACCUCACCCCCUCCUCCAACUCACAUCCCCCCAGGCGCUCUACCGCAUGUGGCGCUCUACCGCAUGGGGUUUGACGGAGCCGCCAAGGGCAACCGACCCAUUGCCAUCCAUCCCAUGUGCUGCCUGCUUAAUGUCCUGCUCCCCUCAACGCACACCUCACCCCCUCCUCCGACUCACAUCCCCCCAGACGCUCUACCGCAUGGGGCACUCUACCGCAUGGGGUUUGACGGAGCCGCCAAGGGCAACCGACCCAUUGCCAUCCAUCCCAUGUGCUGCCUGCUUAAUGUCCUGCUCCCCUCAACGCACACCUCACCCCCUCCUCCAACUCCCAUCACCCCAGGCGCUCUAUCGCAUGGGGCGCUCUAUCGCAUGGGGUUUGACGGAGCCGCCAAGGGCAACCGACCCAUUGCCAUCCAUCCCAUGUGCUGCCUGCUUAAUGUCCUGCUCCCCUCAACGCACACCUCACCCCCUCCUCCAACUCCCAUCCCCCCAGGCGCUCUAUCGCAUGGGGCGCUCUACCGCAUGGAGCUUGACGGAGCCGCCAAGGGCAACCGACCCAUGGCCAUCCAUCCCAUGUGCUGCCUGCUUAAUGUCCUGCUCCCCUCAACGCACACCUCACCCCCUCUUCCAGCUCACAUCCCCCCAGGCGCUCUACCGCAUGGGGCGCUCUAUCGCCUGGGGUUUGACGGAGCCGCCAAGGGCAACCGACCCAUUGCCAUCCAUCCCAUGUGCUGCCUGCUUAAUGUCCUGCUCCCCUCCACGCACACCUCACCCCCUCCUCCAACUCACAUCCCCCCAGGCGCUCUACCGCAUGGGGCGCUCUACCGCAUGGGGUUUGACGGAGCCGCCAAGGGCAACCGACCCAUUGCCAUCCAUCCCAUGUGCUGCCUGCUUAAUGUCCUGCUCCCCUCAACGCACACCUCACCCCCUCCUCCAACUCACAUCCCCCCAGGCGCUCUACCGCAUGGGGCACUCUACCGCAUGGGGUUUGACGGAGCCGCCAAGGGCAACCGACCCAUUGCCAUCCAUCCCAUGUGCUGCCUGCUUAAUGUCCUGCUCCCCUCAACGCACACCUCACCCCCUCCUCCAACUCCCAUCACCCCAGGCGCUCUACCGCAUGGGGCGCUCUAUCGCAUGGGGUUUGACGGAGCCGCCAAGGGCAACCGACCCAUUGCCAUCCAUCCCAUGUGCUGCCUGCUUAAUGUCCUGCUCCCCUCAACGCACACCUCACCCCCUCCUCCAACUCCCAUCCCCCCAGGCGCUCUAUCGCAUGGGGCGCUCUACCGCAUGGAGCUUGACGGAGCCGCCAAGGGCAACCGACCCAUGGCCAUCCAUCCCAUGUGCUGCCUGCUUAAUGUCCUGCUCCCCUCAACGCACACCUCACCCCCUCCUCCAGCUCACAUCCCCCCAGGCGCUCUACCGCAUGGGGCGCUCUACCGCAUGGGGUUUGACGGAGCCGCCAAGGGCAACCGACCCAUUGCCAUCCAUCCCAUGUGCUGCCUGCUUAAUGUCCUGCUCCCCUCAACGCACACCUCACCCCCUCCUCCAACUCCCAUCCCCCCAGGCGCUCUAUCGCCUGGGGCGCUCUACCGCAUGGGGUUUGACGGAGCCGCCAAGGGCAACCGACCCAUUGCCAUCCAUCCCAUGUGCUGCCUGCUUAAUGUCCUGCUCCCCUCAACGCACACCUCACCCCCUCCUCCAACGCACAUCCCCCCAGGCGCUCUACCGCAUGGGUCGCUCUACCGCAUGGGGUUUGACGGCGCCUCCAAGGGCAACCCAGGCCGGGCAGGGGCGGGGUGUGUGCUGUGGGAAGAGCAUGGCAACGAGCUGGUGUGCAUGAGGGAAGGAGUGGGGCACGGCACGUGCAACGUGGCAGAGUAUCGCGCGUUCAUAGGGGGGGUGGAAUCGAGACAGGCCUUAUUCUACAUCCCCACCUGCCCCUCCCUCCUCUUCCUGCCUCUUCCGUUUUCUCCGCCAUCCCCUCCACCACACCACCCACCAGCUGGUGUGCAUGCGGGAAGGAGUGGGGCACGGCACGUGCAACAUGGCAGAGUAUCGUGGGUGGGUGAGGAUGGUGAGAUCAAAAUCAAUCCCAUGCUCGUUGCCUUGGCAUGCAUCCCCCUCCUUCCCUUCGCCACAACUUUUAUCUUCUGGUUCCCAGUGUUUCUGUCUUAA